AUGUCAUUUAAAGAUAUUCCUAUACUUGAUGUUCGGUUGGCACAAGACCCUAACACCAAGGAUCAAUUUUUUGCUCAAUUACGACAUGCAUUGGUGGAAGUUGGAUUCCUAGUAAUCACCAACUUUUAUACUCUUGGGAUUGAUAAAGAAAACUUUGAUGAAAUUGAACAGGCAGCCGUGGAUUUCUUUCGGUUACCUGAUGAGAUCAAAUUGGGGUGUGAAAUGAUCAAUUCCAAGCAUUUCUUGGGGUAUUCCCGUUUGGCCAAUGAAAUAACCGCUUCUCAUACUGAUUGGAGAGAGCAAAUAGAUUUAGGGACGGAGUUACCUCCACCAAAGGAGGGAGACCCAUUAUAUAAGAACAUUGAAGGACCCAACUUAUGGCCUAAAAGUGAAGCAAUACCUAAUUUUAGACCUGCAGUGGAACACUAUAUUAGCAAAAUGACUAAUGUCAGUAACAAUUUCCGUCGAUUGGUAAGUGAACUGUUAGGCUUAGAUGCCAAUGCUUUGGAUAAAUAUUUCAAAAUUAAUCAGCAAUGUAAGAUGAAGAUGGUGGCAUAUCCUGAUUCACACCAACUUGAUUCUGUCGAGGCUAAAGAAACUGAAGAUGCACCUGGAGAAACACAGCAAGGAUGCGGUCCUCAUAGAGACUCUGAUUUAUUAACAUACAUUCAUCAAGUAACUGAACAUCGUAACUCGUUACAAGUGCAAAACUUUGAAGGAGAAUGGGUCACAGUACCUUAUAUUCCCAACUCUUUGGUGAUUAAUUGUGGUCAAACAUUGGAAGCCAUUACUGAUGGGGUAUGUAAAGCUACUAUUCAUAGAGUUUUGAUACCUGAGUCUGGUUCAGGUACAAGGAUUUCAAUACCGUUUUUCCAAACAAUUAAUUUGGAUACCACCAAAGAGCUUAUUAAUAAUAUUCCUGCAGAAGUGCUAGCGCUUAGAGAUGGUAGAGAUGAACAGGCUAAAGCAUGGGGUGUGGAUAUAGGAUUCCAAUUUAUUCCUGAUGUUGCUACGCAGCCUGUUGGUUGGGCUGUCUUUAAGAAUAGAAUUAAAUCUCAUCAAGAUGUGGCGGCAAGAUGGUAUCCUGAAGUGUUGCAAAAGGUGCUUACAGAGUAUGCAUUUUAG